AUGGAGAAGAAAGAGGCAGCCAGCCCAAGAGCCUUCUUCGAUGCAGGUCGCCAGAGUAUCAUGCUGAAGCCUCAAGAUUCCCAGCUAUUCCGAGGGGAGAAAGUCCAAAUGUCCAGGUUUGGCUCAAAGAAUAUUAGCACCUGGAGUGCUCAGAUCCAGAUGUUUAACAAUAGCCUGGAAAAUGCAACUUCCUUCAAUUCCCAGAGCCCAGUGCUAAAAGGCAGUUUGGACAACACCAGUAUUGAGAUCCAGAUGUUAAAAGAAGGUCUGAAAAACACCCGCACUCAGACCCAGGUGACCCAUGAAAACCUAACGAACCUCAGCACUCAGAUCCAAAUGUUAAGAGAGCAGAUGAAGAAGGUCAGUGACUUAAAUUCACAGAUUCGAAGUCUAAAUAAUCAUUUGGAAAACACUAGCACCGAUGUCCAGGUGAUAAAAGGAUGUCUGAAGAACGUGGAUGCCUUACAAUCCCAGGCCCAGAUGCUAAGACACGAUCUGGAAAAGGCCAGUGGAGAGAUCAAGACCUUACAGGAAGAUCUAAAGAAUGCAAGUGCUUUCAGUUCUGUGACUGAGGUGUUACAGAGUGGUCUAGAAGCUUCCAAUGCUGAGAUCCAGAUGCUAAAAACAAAUUUGGAAGGCAAAAGUGUCUUAAGUUUCCAGGUCCAAAUGUUACAAAACAAUUUAGAAAAAAACGAGGCUGAGUUGCAAAGAGUGAACAAAGAUUUGGAGGAUGCUAAUGCUCUUCAUGCCCAGACCCAAAUGUUAAGAGGCCAUUUGGAAAGCACCAAUGCUGAGAUCCAGGUCCUAAAUGGACAUUUGGAAAAGACCAAUGCUGAGAUCCACAUAUUAAAAAUGGGUCUAGAAAAUGUCAAUGCUUGGGCACAGGUGGCAAAUAUCAGCCUGAAGAAUGCCAGCGUUCAGAUCCAGAUGUUAAAAGGGGAUCUUAAAACUAUCAAUGCCUUGAAGCCAGAGGUCCAGCUACUGAAAAGUCAUUUGGAAAUAAAGAACACAGAGAUCCAGAUGUUGAAAGAAGGUCUGAAGAAUGCCAUCACUUCAGGUUCCCAGAUCCAGACAUUAGCCAAGGGCCUGGCAAAAGCCAAUGAUGAGAUCCAGAGGUUAAAGACAGGUUUACAAAGAGCAAGUGAUUUAACGUCCCAGAUUCCGGAAUUAAAAAGUGGCUUGAAUAGAACCGAUGGAGAGAUACAGAAGUUAAAGGAAACACUGCUGGCCACUGUCACUGCCUUAAGUGAUGAAAUCCAAGAAAUCCGAAAGAUAAAAAGUCAGCAGGAGGCAGUCACCCAGCAACAGCAAAUGCAACAAGAUAGCAUUCUGCAGCUCAUUGUCCAAGGCUGGAGCUUCUAUGAGGGGAAGGCAUAUUACUUUUCAAAGACCAAAAAAUCUUGGGAUGAAGCUGAGCAGUUCUGCAUCUCCCUUGAUUCUCAUCUGACCUCAGUGACAUCAGAAGAAGAACAGGAGUUUCUGAAAAAGAGGACAAAUGGAGUUUAUCACUGGAUUGGCCUGACUGACAAAGGAACGGAAGGUGUCUGGCGAUGGGUAGAUGGGACUCCUUAUAACAGUGCCAAGAGCAAAAGGUUUUGGAACAGGAACCAGCCAGACAACUGGAACCAUGGUAAUGGCAUACAAGAAGACUGUGUCCAUCUCAUGGAGAAGUGGAAUGAUAUAAUAUGUCACCAACCUUUCCCCUGGAUCUGCAAGAAGGUGGUAGAAGAAUUUGCCCAAAUCAGUCACCAAAUGGUGAACAGCGGCCAAGCCUCCUAA